AUGUCUGACAUGGACUUGGUUGCUUACAUAAACGAGGAGAACAAAAGAAGAAAGAGGAGACGGGUAGUUUUGACCAAACUGUACUUUGAAUCGUUUGUUCUUGGGAUAGCAUAUCUUAGUACGAGGAGGGCACCAAGGGAUUUAGGGAGUUUUAGUGACGAUGAGGAAAAGAACAUUCAUCGGAAGUAUUUGCUAAAAGGAAUGUAUGAUGGGGCAGAAGUAACAUGCUAUGAUCAGUUGCGUUUAACUAAAAGAAACUUCCAUGACUUAUGCACCAUGUUGCGUGAGAGGGCUGGUCUUCAUGACAGUGUCUAUGUUUCCGUGGAGGAAAAGGUGGCACUGUUCUUGUUGGUAGUUGGCUAUGGUAUCAAAAUGAGGAUUCUGCGUGGCACUUACAAGCGCUCCUUAUGGACUAUUAUUACCCACUUUGACGAUGUAUUAACAGCGAUUCUAUCUCUAACCGGGGAGUUCAUUAAGCUUCCUGAUCCUUCUACUCAGCCACCUGAUGAUUACAAAUGGAAGUGGUUUGGCAAUGCACUUGGAGCACUAGAUGGGUGUCAUGUUGAUGUUUGUGUGCCCGUGUGUGACCAAGGGAGAUAUAGGAACAGGAAGCAAGCUAUCAGCACUAACAUGCUUGGUGUGGUUGAUUGGAAUAUGAAAUUUAUGUAUGUCUUGCCUGGCUGGGAGGGUUCAGCUUCUGACUCAAGAGUCUUGCGUGAUGCAAUGAGGUUGAGCCGCCAAGAUGCAUUUGUUGUACCACAGGGUAUGACACUUCCUCUUGGUAAUUCAUUUCUCCUCUGUAUAAUUGUUAGCUAA